UAGCGGACCAUGGGGAGCAGGGGAGAAGUUUUUAUACUGAUAUGUUAGCGCAAUGACUUUUUGAGUAAUAUUCAACUGGGACUAAGCUCCCGGUGUGAGGAGGACAGGGUGCUUUACGGAAACAACAACAUCAACAACAAAAAAAGGCAGUCUGCCGGGGCACGGGAAAGGAAAGCAAGACGACUUAAAAGUUGAGACCAGUCCAACAAUCAGCGGUGGAAAAUCCAGUUUAGCCAUUUUAAUUGAAAGAUGAGCUUGUUGUCUGCCAUAGACACGAGUGCCUCCGUGUACCAGCCCGCGCAACUUCUUAACUGGGUCUAUCUCUCCUUGCAAGACCCCCACCAGACCAGCGCCUUUGACGCGUUCAGACCCGAACCCAACUCUUCCCACCCGGAUCUCAGCUUCAGCAAGACUCCCGCAGCGGCGGAUUUGAGCUCUUCCCUGAACUCCAACUGUCUCAACAACUUCUUUCAGAUACAACGAAAUGAGGCCUUAAACAACAAUGUGUAUAAGAAUGUCUCGCCCUACGGCUCCCUGAACAACAUCGUGGAUGGACUCAACUCCCUGACGGACCAUUUUUCAGACCUUUCCCUUUCUUCAGAGCCACGAAAACCCAACAAAAGACCCCCGCCCAACUACUUGUGCCACCUGUGCUUCAACAAGGGCCAUUACAUCAAGGACUGCCCUCAGGCCAGACCCAAAGGUGAAGGACUGACACCCUACCAGGGGAAAAAAAGAUGCUUCGGAGAAUACAAGUGCCCCAAGUGUAAGAGGAAGUGGAUGAGCGGCAAUUCCUGGGCUAACAUGGGACAAGAAUGUAUCAAAUGCCACAUCAAUGUCUAUCCACACAAGCAGCGGCCUUUAGAGAAGCCAGAUGGCCUGGAUGUGUCAGACCAGAGUAAGGAGCACCCACAACACCUGUGUGAGAAAUGUAAAGUCCUGGGCUACUACUGCCGCCGUGUGCAAUAAUUGUCUUUAUCCAGAGGGAAAGAGGAACUCUUGUGUCCCAAGUCCUGUCGCCUGGCAUCCUCCAUGCCCAGAUCACAUCCAGGUGUUCCCUCAAUCCAGCCCUGCACAGGUCUUCCCCUCUGUAUCCCCUCUUAUCUAUAAAUGGUUUUUCUAAUUCUGUCUUUUUUUCCUGGUGCCUUCCUUCGCCACCACCGCAGUCCUUUCUUUCUGCAACCCAUGUAACACUUAUUUCAGUGUGUUAAUCUGUCAAUGGUGGUAUUGAAAGAUUACAUCCAGAAAUGAAGAGAAAACAUUUACAAUGGAUCAAUUUCUUUAUUUGCUUUUCAUCAAAGGCAAAAAUUUGCCUUUGAUUUGCCUAUAUAUUAGAAAAUGCAUUACUCCAAGGUAAUGUUACAAACAGGAAAUGAUCAUAUAGAUGAAUUAGCACCAGGCAUGUAUUGCAAUGUUGUCACUGACAAUAUGGUGUUCUCAAUACAUUACCUCACCGUGGGGUUUGUUGGCUUUGUGUUUACAGAGAUCUCCUUUCCAUUUAAUUUCAUUUAACCUGUGCCUCCAAACAAUGAUAUAAUAUAAAUGGAGGCCUUUGAUGUCUUGCCGUACUGGGGUCAGCAGCACAUCGUAUUAACUGUGAAUUAACUGAGGGAUAAAGUGCCAUACAUCCCUAGCUUACAUUUGGUAUAUUUAUUUUCUUUCUGUCUAGUGUGCAAUUAAAAUUUUAACUGGGACAUAAAGAAUUUCUUUUUCUAUGUUUGUAUAUUACAUUAUUAUGUAACUGCUUCCAUGGGUCUUUAGAAACUACUGUAGGUUCAGUUGUGUAGAGUUGCUCUUCGGCUACAUUUAGCACAUUGCUGACAGAUCCAGUUUCAUUCACCUGCCCUGGAGUAUUUUUGUUGCCUUUUAGAUUUGCAGUUUUCUGCAACGCGUCAAAGACAGAGUUGCUAGACAGAUUAAUUCUGUUAUUGUAACUUUAAAUUCAAAAAUAAGGGUCGGCUAAGUAGAAACCACAGGACAAACAACAGCUUCUACCCAUACAUGGUCCUUUCGGUUUUUUUAGAAAAUGAACUAUUUGCCACAGUCUGAGCAUUAGCAUAGGCAUUAGCAUUGCUAAACACAAUUUUAGAAGUUAAUCUAGUUGGAGUCUAUUUGCAAAGUUUAUAAGAAAGAGUUUUGAGUUUGGAUUUUGUGCCAACUGACACCAGGUAGCCUUGACAGAGUUGUUGAAGCAAAAAUGUCAAAUUAACAAGGGCUAGCAUAGCGCCCUUCAAAACUAUGUCCAUCAACUAAUUGCAGUGCGAAGAGUGAGACGAGGGGAAGUGGAAAUGGAGGAAAUUCAAUAAGUCUUGAGUUGGUUAAGUUAAAGAAAAAAAUUUUAAAUGGAAAGUCUGAUCGGUUAAGUGUUAAUGUAUUGGAAGUGAGGGUUAAGUAUAUUGUUUCAAGGUGCCUAUUGUCACUGGUUAAGAAAGAAAACCCGUCGUGUUUAUGUAUAUCAUUGUGUAGAUAUGAAGCCCUUUAGAGGAAAUGAAUCUAGUUUUGAAUUACUGAAACAUGCCUUUUAAGGAAUAGGAAUUGUGAACUAUUUUGUAUGUACUGUAUUUCAAGCCUUACAGAAGCUGGUUGACUACAUUUUAUACUGUAACACACUUUUACGUGCCUUAAAAAGAUUUCAAGUAUCAAGGCUAAUGAGGCCAUAUGAAAAUUUGAAAAGAGCCAUUGGGGAGGUCUCAGAGGUGGAGCACUGUGUGUGUGUGGUAAUUGGGAUGCAUAGAAAGUUUAAUGGAGGUUCAAGAUGUGUCAUAGGACAAGAAAACGAUAAAGCCCCUACAUUAGCGGUUGACCGGGCAUGAUGGGUUUGACUCAGUUUUCUGAGCUUCCAGCUGGCAGUAACAAUCCUAAUAUGGUCUGUUUUCAUGGAAUCUCAACAAAGAUGUUAUUUCUCAGUGGAUCCUCACAACAGAACAGCUUGUGAAACUGUGGACCUUACUGUGUUUUUUCCUUAAUCUCUUGUAGUUAUGUUUAUCCAAAGAACCACAGCUUUUGUUGAAAAAUAUACAAGGUUACCGGCUGUAGUGGGAGUCAUAACAGUACAUUACCGUGGGUGAAAUUUAACUAAAUGCCAGGUUAAAGGGCACUCAAGUGAUGAGAGACUUUAACCAAGAGACAUUAAAAAUACAGGCAGCAUAGGCCUGUUUACUUUUGCUGUAGUUUCUAGUAUGUUAUUUUCCAUGAUGCACCACAGUAGCAUUGUUUGUAGACUACGUUGCCCAGUAAAUGUUGACAUAGUGGUCUUGUUCACACCUGGUGGUAACAUAUCUUUUGGGUGAUCUGAAAUGGACAGCUCUACAACACUUCACAUAUGAUAGAAUUUUACUUUUCCACUUUACGUCAAAUUUUAAUUUGCAGAGCUAUUUUUUUUUAAUUAAAUCUCAUAAGUGGCAGUGCACUUUCCAUUCCUUAUCAGCUGGAAAUCAACUGCUUAUAUAUGGGGCACCAGUGGAGUCGGUGGUGCUUUAGCGUUCUGCAGGAAAACCAGCUAACAGACUGCUAAAAGAAUGUGGCCGAAUGAGGUGAAGACCACCCAGGAAUGCGGUCUGAGUGACAGGAUCUCAAUAUAUCUUAGACCAUUUGCAUGUUUGUAAAGGUGUCCAUUUAUGAUCAGAUCACCUCUGAAUUUCAGGUGUAAAUCGGACCUUUAAAACUUGUUUUCCCAUCAAAUUUCACCGAAGCUAAGCUGAGAUAACUUGUGACUUCCCUACAGCUAUUUUCUCAGGCUUGAAGCUCCUCCUGAGCUUCCUAAAACAUUCAUGCGAGUAAACUAAUUUUGUGAGUAAAAUUAGUUGAGUGUCCCUUUAGAGGAAAGAUUUGGCGCUUGUACAGUCUCCUUCAAACCCAACACUGAUGGGAACAUUUUUUUCUAACUGUCCAUGUCUUUCUUUUUCUUUUGCAAAAUGACACUAACAGGUCAUUUAGAUCCUUUUUAUCCACAUUACACUGUAGUGAAAUAGACACCAAGGAUGCCUUAUGAAUUAACUUUAUAAAAAAGCUGAUUUGCAAAGUUCUGGCAGAGCAGAAAUUAAAUGCUGUCAGAGUUUGAUUCCGCCCAGAGAUGUUUUGAGGAAGCCAUUUUAAAUGGUUAAUAAAGAGCCAAUGGAAGCAGCUGAAGGAAUGCAUGAAAAAAAAAGAAUCUGCUUUUAGACAUAAUGUCUUGAAUUACAUAUACUUGACUUUUCUAGUACCUUUGCAGUUCAAAAUUGCUAUUUUCUAUGAACAAGAUGUGUAUUUUGGAACACUUAAUAGAUGUUGAAAAUCCUAAAGCAAUCUGCAAACUCAAGUUAUUUCCCUCACAAAGAUAUAGUUUUAUGUAUAUAUUUGAUGGCCAUAUUUUCCAAUAAAGUGUUAAGCAAUACUGAAGCUUUUUGUGUGAAAAAGGGCCUAUUGCUAAGAAAUAAUCAAAGCUGGGAGUUUUUUUUUCUUUUCUUUUGGUUUUACAAUAAUCUGAAGGGUUAUCCUGCAGAAGUAUUUAUGGAAAGACUUUUUACAACAUUUUUGUAUAGAAUAUGCAACAAAGUUACACUAAGAAGGAAAUAUUGAUGUCUACAUAGAAUAUUAUAAAAAGCUGGUACAUAAUUAAUACCCUUUCUCAAUUAUAAGCCAUUGUAUUAUUUUGUGUUUUCUUUUAUGAUGUUAUCAGUGUUAAAUAACCCAUGUUAUUCAGUUGCUAUGUGACUAAUUACAAGCAACAUUUAAAUCCAUACAGCCACAUGUAUUCAUUCUGUAAACAAUAAUAUGAAGAUAUAUUGUGUUAACAUGCAGAAUUAUUGUUUUUUCUUAAGUAGUGAUGGAUACUCACCACUGUAUAAGCACAUUAAACUGUGAGAUGUAGUUUGCUUAAAGCAGCAAUGACAAGAAACUAUUAUAAAAUGUUAGUAGUAGUUUAGGAAGUGUAUACUUUUUUUCAGGAAAGCGUGUGUGACAAAGAACUGUUUCAGAGUUUGCAUGUGCAUGUGUUUGGAUUUGAAUUAAGUAUUAUUUUGUGCAAUGUAUUCCUAUUUAAAUCCCUUAUCGUAGUUUGCUACAUCUUGUUUUUAACAUUAUCGUCAACCUCUGAUUAUUAGUCCUGAAGUAUUUCAUUUACCACCGAGUGUAGCCUCUACAAAUAACACAUAUUGAAUGUAAUGUGUUAACACUUACGUGGUCGAGAUGGAAAGUUUGUAUUCUUUACUGUCUGUAUUUCUCAAGAUGUUUGUAAUGCAGUAUUGCAAUAAUGUAAUGUUUGAAUUGGACAGGAUGCAGGCAUGAGGUUGGGAAGAUGAAAUGAAUUAGGAUAGUGGAGGUUGGGAGCGUCGACCACAGGUCUGUUUUUCAUGUCCAUGAAACGGCAUUCCAAAAUGUGCCUUAUUUGUUAGUUGGGAAAACAUUUUAGUGCUUUUGUGCUGUUGAGAGUUUGGUGAAUAAAAGUUAAAUUGAAUUACAA